AUGGAGAUGAUGAAAGAGAGGUUUGCGAAAUUGUUACUUGGUGAGGACAUGUCUGGAAGUGGUAAAGGGGUUUGCACAGCGUUGGCGGUUUCAAACGCCAUUACCAACCUCUGUGCUGCGGCAUUUGGGCAAUUGUGGAGACUAGAACCAUUGCCUUUACAGAAAAAAUCAAUGUGGCAAAGAGAGAUGGAAUGGCUUCUAUCUGUUAGUGAUCACAUUGUUGAGUUAACACCCUCUUGCCAAACAUUUCCCGAUGGACGUAAGCUUGAGGUGAUGACUUGCAUGCCACGAUCGGAUCUAUUUAUCAACCUCCCAGCUCUUCGCAAACUUGAUUAUAUGCUUCUUGAAAUAUUAGAUAGCUUCAGCAAUACAGAGUUUUGGUAUGUUGAUCAAGGGAUAGUAGCUCCUGAGGCUGAUGGGUCAGCCUCUUUCCACAAAACACUUCAACGACAAGAGGAGAAAUGGUGGCUGCCCGUGCCUCGAGUCCCUCCUGGUGGUCUCACUGAAACUACCAGGAAGCAGUUGAAUCACAAGCGUGAAUGUGCAAGUCAAAUUUUAAAAGCUGCCAUGGCUAUAAACAACAUUGCUUUGGCUGAGAUGGAAGUUCCUGAAUCAUACUUGGAAGCUCUUCCAAAGAAUGGGAAAGCCUGUCUUGGGGAGUUUAUCUAUCGCUAUAUCACUUCAGAGCAGUUUUCAUCGCAAUGCCUGCUUGAUUGCCUUGACCUGUCUUCUGAAAAUAUUGCUAUAGAGCUUGCAAACCGUAUGGAGGCAUCAAUUUAUGUGUGGCGUAAAAGACUUCAUCCAAAACCCUUAACUAAUCCAAUCCGUUCUACUGCAAAAUCAUCUUGGGAAAUGGUAAAGGAGCUAAUGGUAGAUGGAGAUAAGAGGGAAUUGCUCGCGGAAAGAGCUCACAGCCUCCUGCUGUGCUUGAAACAGCGGUUCCCUGGUCUGACCCAAACUGCUCUGGACACCAGCAAGAUUUAUUGCAACAAGGAUGUCGGAAAAUCAAUUUUGGAGAGCUACUCUAGGGUCUUGGAGAGCCUGUCAUUUAACAUUGUGGCGCGUAUUGAUGAUCUGCUCUAUGUGGAUGGCUUGACUACGCAAUCUGGGAAGCUCUCAUCACUUCCUACAGUAAGUGUAAUUGCCCACAAAAAGGUUAUCUCAGGCACUCCAUACAUAACUGUUGGUGCCACACCAAAAUUUUCACCUGCACCGCUGGUAAUUCCUGCAAGCGGGGAAAGAACUCCAUCCCUCAGUGCCAACAGUAAUAAGCCUCCUCGUUCCGGGUUUGGAGUAAAAAGAGUCUUGACAAAUUAUCUUGGUGGUGAAACAAAGGUGAAGAACUAUGCCAAUUUACUAGAAGGCCUAGGUUCUGUUCAAAUAAAAAAUGCUGGACUCCCGGCAUCUCGAACUAGCACGGAUCAUACUGAUCGUCGAAAGGAGGCAUCAGCCCACCAGAAGGGGAGCAGAUUACGACUUACAGAUUACUGAGGUAUUAUUUGCUUGAAUCAGCUACAGAGGUCCUCAAAGAGUGGUAGAGAAGGAACAAAAUAAAUGGGAAAAGAAGUUUUGUGAAAAAUCUUUAUCAUCAUAGAUUCCUUGAUUGUCAUCAAUUUGUGCUUAGUUGGAUUUGAUGUAGUGUUCAAUUUUCUGAGAGGAGAAUUAUAUUUUCAUGUCUCUCUGAUUUGGCACAUCGUGUAUCGGUUGAAUUCCUGGUGCCAUAGCAGAAUUCAGAAGUUCUGGGUGAAUUAAG